UUCCUCUCACAGCCGGGCGCGCAGCAGGCAGCAUGGGCCACCAGCAGCUCUACUGGAGCCACCCUAGGAAGUUCGGCCAGGGCUCCCGCUCCUGCCGCGUGUGCUCCAACCGCCACGGCCUCAUUCGCAAGUACGGCCUGAAUAUGUGCCGGCAGUGCUUCCGCCAGUACGCCAAGGACAUCGGCUUUAUCAAGCUGGACUGAGCGCCGGGAGGAUGAGGCUGUCGCCAGAAGCUCCGGGGGCUUCCCUGGGCCUCCCUGACACGUCUGCAACAUCUCGGUGCAGCCCUACCCAAUAAAUAAUUUCCCUGCCCGA